GUUCAGCGUGUUUUAGGGUGGGGUUGUGAUGUAACCGGGAAGGGCGGCUCGGGGAUGGGGGGGGGGGGGGGGGGUCGCUUCUCCCCCAUCGAACGCAGCAUGAGCGCUCCCGAGCAAAAGGAUGUGCGAGCAGGCAGCGCGCUACUGUAGGGACGGAGUCCACAAACUGCUGAACAAAGAACAAGCCAAACUUCGAGCCCAGGAAAGCCGCGAACAGAACAAGCCCGUAGCCGGUCAGGACAGCGAGCCCGAAACGGCAGCUCAGUCCGGAAACAGCGGCGCCCAGCCCGGUGGAAUUGACGGGCUCGUCCGCUGGAUCGUCACCAAAAUGAGCGACAACAAGAACAUCUCCAGCCGGGAGUAUGCCUCCAGCAAGGAGGAGGUGGCAGUGGCUCAAGAGCAAUUCUUUGCCCCGGAACCGCGGAGAGGCAUCUCCGUUAUUUUGGAUAUCUUCAGAAGAGCUGACAAAGAUGAUGAUGGUAAACUCUCUCUAGAUGAGUUCCAGGCGUUCUUCUCUGACGGCUCGCUUAACGAGGAAGAACUGGAGAAGUUGUUUCAUACCAUCGACUCUGAUAACACCAGUAAUGUUGACACUAAGGAACUUUGUGACUACUUUGCCAAGCACAUGGGGGACUACGAGGGAGUUCUGGCCUCACUGGAGACACUCAACCUUUCCAUCCUCAAAGCCAUGGACUUCACCAAAAAGGUCUAUGAGAGAGGAACAAAUGUGGAGCAGUUUGUGACCCGUUUCCUCCUGAAAGAAUCAGCCAAUCAAAUCCAGUCUCUCUUGAAUUCUGUGGAGAGUGCUGUGGAUGCCAUUGAUGAACAACACAGCCAGUCGGGUCAUAUUCCAGCAAAGACGAGUCCCCGGAUCUCAGACAGGCGCCAUGACAACGUUCCUGAUUAUCCCCCUAACAACAGAAUCAGUACAAAGGAGGCUGUCAGGACCAUCAACACUGCCUCAGGCGCUGUGGAGAUAAGGAAAGAGGGUCUCGAGGCUCAAAUAAAUCGCCUGUCCGAACUCAUCGGACGACUGGAGAAUAAAACAGUCUGGUUUGAUCUGCACCAGAGGCUAACAGACACAGAUGGCACCACCAGUGCAUCACUACUGCUGAUCCGUCAGGAAAUGGUGGUUUCCCAGAAGAAGCUCGGUGACUAUUGCGAGGCUCUGAAGCAAUACCUAAAGAACGUCUCCACUCAGAGAGACUGCUUUCAUGUGACUGCAGUGCGCCUGCCAGAUGGCUUAUCCUUUGUCAUCUAUGAGUUCUGGGACGGAGAGGAUGAGUGGAAAAGGCACCUUCAGUCAGGCCCUAACAAAGCCUUUCAGCACGUGAAAGUGGACACGCUGUGCCAGCCAGAGGCCAUUUCCUCUGUCGCCGUGCCAGCCGCCUGGUGCAGCGUGAACAAGGCCUGAGCAUGAACAGAUCCGACUCGACACCAAGACUCUUGGACACCAACUUUUCGACCUUUUCCUCGCAUUUCUUCCCUCCUCCUCACUUCCCUCACAUCCCUCCAAACUUCUUGAAAUAAUAUGUUUACACAGUGCAAAUGUAUGGUGGCAGUGACAAUUGAACAAAGUGCAUUUUCCAAAAGUACAUUUGCAUCCAAACCUUGUGGUUUACUUCUUAGUAUUUAUGAUAUGUUCAAUUCAUUAAUUUAUGUUCUAGCCGGUUGGGAGUUUGUCAUGUAGCAUGGAGCUUUGGGUUAAACUUUUCAUGUAGCAGGAACCCGAAUGACUCUGGAAAGUCCUUUUGGCAAUGCGGCCAUUUUGAAACACGCUCUAAAUGUAUUCUAGAAAGCUUAUCUAUGUAGACGUGAGUCCAUAUAAGUUCCUCAUUUCACAUUUGGUCAAGGGGUAGACGGGAGCAUUCUGGAAAUGAUGGAAGUUCUUUUUCUUGUUAUGAUUGUGUGUAGCUGACCACACACUUUGACAUCAUCUUCACAUCAUCUUGCAUAGACCAAAUCUAUUUAUAUAAUAGCAGUGAUCAUUUUACAGUUUGAGCCCUGAUCGGAAAAGCAUGAGUCCCAUUAUGCAUUUAGAGAGUCCCAAAUUUCGAAUUCUGAAAUGGUCUACUUAUUCAAUUGCAAAUGAUCAUAGCAGAAACAAGUACAAUAUAUAUUUAUAAUAGGUUUAUUUCUAAUAAACAAAUACUGAAAAAGAAAUAAUAAUUCAAGCAUACAAGAUUUGCUGAGAAAUUGGUUAUUUCAUUACAUGGUUCAGUCUUUGAGUUCAUAUCUCCGCAAUAAACUUUCGCAACACCUGUUGGCAACACUUGUUUUAUCGUUACACAACUUGGCAAUCGUGUGCUUUCCGCAAAGUGAAGGUCCAUCUCGCCAAGCUGGUCUCGCCAGAUUACUUAACGCGAGCUCAAAACAACAAUGGCGGCUAUUGUCAAACUGUGUUCGUUGGUGGAAAAAAAGAUUUACCGUAGUUUUUUUGUUUGUUUGUUUGUUUUUUUUUACUAAGAAAUUUCCUUGUGUUCCAAAAACGCACAUUAUCUGGAACUGUGCGUCUGGCGGGAAAAUUAUUUAUCUAGGAAGCGUGACGCAGAGGUAAUGAGAUAGCUGAAGUAGUCGGCCUCAAACCUUUAACUUGAUCCUUCCUUAAAUUAGCUCAUUCCGAAAAUGUUUCAAUUAUAAAGAAGUGGGCUUUAAAUUGACAAAAGAUCCGUCAGUUCAACACUGUUUCUGUUUCAGUGUUUCCGGCUGACCCACCUGGGCCCAGUCCAUCCCUCGUUGGCGACAGCCAAUCAGUGUCGAGAACAUAAUUUCCACGUCGCACACAGGCGACAAGUCGACACGCAGCCAAAUAAAGAAAAAAACUAAAAUGAGGACACGCGCACACACACACGCAGUGUGGUGAUUGUUGAAAUAAGAACAAUACGGGACACAUGUCACUGAGGUCUGUGAUAUUGAAAGGGAAACAACACUUAUGUUUACAUUUUUGAAGUAUGUACACCUGGUGUCAGGUGUGCGGCACUUGAGUGUGACAUAAUAUUGGCAAGUCCAUUUUCGACGCGGUUUGGCUGAUGCCGAUGACUCGGACAGACUGGGCGGGCCCAAAAUACUAACGAUAGCUCAACAAUGGCCUGACUGUACCGACGAUGGCCACCUGAGAAAGAAAAAUUCCAGACUUAAUUAACUGAUUGUUAGCCAUAAAAUUAGCCUAAUGAAUGUGCUUUGUUUUUUUUGUACAAAAUACAACCAUUCAUCAGUAUCCACCUCCAACUUACAGCAUGACCAUCACUUUGGAAUUGCUGAACCCUUCCUCUCACCAUAUAAUGCAAUAUGACCCUUCAAUCAGCUAAUUAAGAAAAGCAACUGGACUUCAGAAAUCAUUAUCAUCGUAUUCACAGGUUAUGGUUAAAGUUCAAAUUUCAAUUACAUAUUUUGAAAGAUGCAAUAAAUAACCAUUUUUGCCAACCAUGUUGCACUGGAAUUUGAGAGCUUGAAUUUAUUGUAAAGUAACAUACUUGGGUGAACUCCGCUUUCUUAUCGGAAAAUUUCCAAGUAUGACCUCCAACACACUAUAUAAAUGACUGACAGUUCACAUCCAUCGACCGACAAGAGAAUAAUACUACUUUGAUAAAUAAUAUAGGCUCUCAGAGGACCAUCAUUGUAAUGUCUGCUGUGGAGGAUAUCAGUGAAAUGAAAUACCUUGUGAGAGCAACAGCCUUUUUUGCCCCGAGGAAGGAACUAUAUCUGUGUAGCCCGCUACCAUGUCUUCAUAAGAACACAAUGAGGCACGUCCACUGAAGAGUAGUCAAAGAGCUUUGCAUCUAUGUACAUUUUGAAAAGAAAUGACAUUUAGAGUGGAGGUUUAAUCAUUUCACUUGCAGCUGGAACAUGAACCACAUACCAACAGUGUCCUGUGGAUGGUCAAUAUUAUCAAGUAGACUUUGAAAGUUUCCUUCGGAGCUUCAGUUUUUGGUUUUUUUUUUUGGUGGAGGGGUGCAUUUUUGGGGGGGAUUUAAAAUUGAAUCGGUUAGCUUUAACAUCAGGGUUAAAUAAAUACAUAGGUGAGCUGUGUAGUCACUGUUGGAUUAAGAGUCCGUGCUGCUACCUAAACAGAAGAGACAAGAGAGAGAGAGUAUAUAAACCUGUUUUGUUUUUUUGGUUUGUUUUAUUGCGCCGUUUGUGUCAUAGUAGUCUUCAAUGAUGAUCAAUUGCUUGUAUUCGCUGUGUCAGUUGGGUAGAGCUUGUAUGUGUGAAUAAUACUGUUCUAAUAUGAAUUAUGUGUAUUAUUUCAAUAUUUUAGUGCUCUGGUGCAAAUCUUUUCUCAGUGAAACUGGCAGUGGCUUCUCACGCGCUUGUUUCAGAAACUCCUGACUUAGACUGUAAAAGCCUUAAUAAUCAUGACCUGCAAAGAAAAGGCUUGAUAGUUUUUCAAAAUGUUUGUUCACAUUUUGUCUCACCGGAAGCAAAGUAAUGUUACAUUCAUGCCAGCUAAAUUAGAUUCAAACACCGACUAUGUAAUAUUUGAAAAACUUGUUACUUGGCAUGCGGUUUAUGAUUUCAUAAAUUGUAGCUGACUUAACAAGAAAUACGAAAUUCCUUAAAUAUUUAGUCACAGAUCGUGUUUGAUAAAUGUAUAUUCAAAAUAAAAACAGGCUCUAUUCUUUAGACAAAGCAAGAUGUGAAAACUGCUUUGAAAGUAAACAAAUCACUUCACUAACACAUAUGACAACCAAAAUAACCAGGAGAGUGCUGCGAACUAAAACUUGAAUCAAGAUGCCAGUCCAGUUCAUGUCUCACUCACUACAGGGCUUGUAAAACUAUCUCACCUUGUGGGUUUCUUCAGGUAGGAAAGUUAAAAAAAAAAGAAAAGUGGGAACAAUUACUUCACCUCCAACUGCACUCACUGCAUUAUUGAAAGGAACGGAGAGAAAAGGACACGCUGACACCAACUUUAGUGACACAUUUCACUACCAUUGUAACAGGAAGUAAAGAAAUGACUGGCUGGUACUUAGUGCAGUUGGCAAAGCAAUGUCCACGAUUUGAUGAAAAAUGUUAUAUUACGGUUUAAGUGGAGGAAAAAUUACCUGAACACCUUGCAGAGGUUGGUUCUCUAAUCAACUUUGGUCUGCUCUGUGUUGAGGUCAGAAGUAGGAAAAUUGAUACCUUAAGAACUUUGGUGAGCCCCAUCACAUCUAAACAAACGAUCGCCACCAUGGUCAAAUCUAUAUGAGCCCAAGUAGGAGCUGAUAAUGUCUCAAAAGGCUCAAUUUAACCCUUUCACGCACAUAUAAUAACCUGUAACCUGAUAAGCUGUCCACUGUAGUAACCGCUGUCCCUGAAAGGGUGAACAUGGAUCAAUAUUGUGACUUUGUAGUUGCUAGCAGAUGACUAUUUAUCAUGCCGAUUUUGUCGCAGAUCAACCAGCCAGUUCACUGCUUCAUCAAUUUUCCCUCUGUGAACGAUAGCCAGUGUGCUUGACUUGUUUGCCAGCAGUGGAGAGUAUGCUUUGACAACGAUUUCAUGAGGAUCACAUCUCGAUUAAGAAAUUGGCGGUUUCGCUGGCCUUAUGACAGCAUUUCCAACCUUUCCACAGUAUGACAAAAUCAAAUACAAACCUAUAGAAUAUUCUGCCUUACAAAGGUCAUUUCCACUGUCAGAGAGGCAUUCGUUCAUUACAUUAGUACAAUGAUAAUCGAUGCUUCUGUGCCAAUCGGAUCUGGGUCCAAUCUGUGUGGAGAAAGCUGCUGUAUUUGGAGGAGAGGCUCGUUGGACAGUUCAAUGUUUACAUGACAUAAAACCACGAUGUACAGUUUGACAACACAGGAACGUUUAAGUCACUGCAGCCCAACGACGUAACGGCUAUUGUUCAACAUGCCCUCUCCAA